CCCACCAUAAUCGAUUGGGUAGCUCAAAGCCACAUUUGACCUUUGUGUGAAACCAUUCAAGUCGCUCAAGUUACUCCCAAACAAGAAUCAAGAUGCCUAUCGGACAUAUUGGGCUGAACACCCCGGACCUCGAGAAGAUGCACAAGUUCUAUCUGGCAGCGCUCAAACCGCUGGGCUACGUUCAGAAGCUUGAAUUCGCAGACGGCCUUGUCAGGGGCUAUGGCCCUCAAUACUGUGCACCAGACUUCUGGCUGUCGUCCACGAAACUUGCGAAGUCGCAGGACGGCAAGGUCGACCAAUCUGGUACCGGUUUCUUACACCUGGCAUUCAGCGCACGGACCAGGAACCAGGUUAGGGCGUUCUACGACGCUGCAAUUGCUGCUGGUGCAACGUGUAACGGUCCUCCAGGACCGCGUCCCCAGUACUUCUUCACCUACUACGGCGCUUUCGUGCUUGAUCCCGAGGGCAGGAACAUUGAAGCCGUUUGCAUGAAGCCAGCCUUUUGGGGCGAGGAGUGGGGUUGGGGACUGUAUUUCACUCUCAUUGGAACCCUUUUUGCAGCAGCUGCAUGGUGGUUCGAAAGGAUCCCCCUUUGAAUACAUAUCCUCGCGAGCUACUAGGAUUGCUAUGAUCUACGAGAAAACAUGUCGUUCAAACGCUGAUAUCUACCGAUGGACUUUAGUUUAUAGUAUGCAUCGCCAGUAACUACCUCAUUCGCCACGUCACUGUACAUAGAUCUGCCUCAGGCGAACAGCACCCAAAGAAACUAUAGGAAACCUAUGAAUACAAACUGGUGUGGAACA